AUGGCUACAAGAACCAUCAUCAUCGACCACGGCUCUGGCUUUCUGAAGGCUGGCUUGUCAGGGUUCAAUGAGCCCCAGAUGGUCUUCCCGAGCAUCGUGAAUUACAUCCCUUGCAGGGAGAACCCUGGCCCCAGCUAUGCCCGGCGGCGCGUGAGCCUAGGCAUCGAUAUUUGCCGUCCCGACACCUUUAGCUACCCCAUCCACCGUGGCCGUGUCCUCAACUGGGAGGGUGUGGAGCACAUCUGGUCAUUUGUCCUAGAGAAACACAGGCUGCAGAAUGAGGACUCCCCUGUGAUGAUCACAGAGUUCCCCCAGAGGGAGCCUGCAGACCGUCAGAAGACCCUGGAGAUUAUGUUUGAGUUACUGGAUGUGCCGUCCAUCCUCCUGGCUGACCAGCUGGAGAUGUCCCUGUAUUCCUCUGGCCUCCUGACCGGCGUGGUGGUAGAUUCAGGCUACAGCCUGACCCGCGUGCAGCCUUUCCAUCUGGGCUGCCCCUUAUGGUCCAGUGCUAAGGUGCUGGAGUUUGGAGGCCAGGAUCUGUCGGCCUAUCUCUUCAAGAGCCUCUUUAAGGAAGAUUACAAUCUACACAACCUGUUUCAGCUGGAUACGGUGACCACCACUCAGAUGACCAAGUGCUACGUGCCACAGAAUCUGGGGGAGGCCCUGGACUUUUAUCAGAGCCUGCCGAAAGGCUCCGAUGAGAAUAACGCCUAUCAUCUCCCGGAUGGCACCCCUGUGGAGCUGACCCCCAUGCAGCGGCUGGCUCCUGAGAUGUUCUUCAGCCCCGAGGUGUUCGACCUGCAAGGGCCCAGCAUCUCCCAGGCCGUCCUGGAUUCCAUCAAGACCUGCGAGGUCUCCAUGCACCCGCUGCUCCUCUCCCACCUGAUGGCCUGCGGGGGCAACAGCCUCUAUCCUGGCUUCACCAAGCGUCUGUACGGGCUGAUCGCUGAUCAUUUCUCCUCCAUCAAGACCACCAUGUGGGUGGGUUCCAACAGGAACUUUAGUGUCUGGCUAGGAGCGUCUGUAGUGGCUCAUCUGUCGACUUACAAGUCUAAGUGGAUGACCAAAGAGGAGUAUGAUGAGAGUUUCAAGCUGUGA